CACGAAGGGGUCGUUCAUGUUCACACGGAAGUCAAACGUCGAUGGCUGGUGUUUGUUUUGCUAUCAGUAGCAGGACGUCCAUUGUAGUGGCCUAGCUAAACGUGUUAGCGAUGUAUGCCUGCUGAACGCCAGCGCUCAGUAAACAUGGAUGAGAAUGAUGCUGGCUGCUUCAGCCCCAAGGACAAAGAGAAGGACAGAGAGGGGGAGAGGAAAACCGCACCCUCGCGAGACAAAGCAAAAGAUGAGGCCAAGCUGAGCAGCAAAAAAGACAGCGGCAAAGAGGAGAAGAGGAAGCGUCUGGAGGAGGAAAAGAAGAAGAAAGAGGAGAAGGAGCGAAGGAAGAAAGAGGAGGAGAAACAGAAAGCAGAGGAAGAGCAGAAGCAGAAAGAGGAGGAGGUGAAGAGGCAGAAAGAGGAGCAGGAGAGGAAGCUUCAAGAGGAUGAGGCCAAGAGGCAACGGGAAGAAGAAGCGGCUCUCCUAAAGGAACAGGAAGAAGGGCAUCAGCUGCACCAGGAGGCCUGGGAGCGCCACCAGUGCAGGAAGGAACUACGCAGCAGGAACCAGAACGCCCACGAGGCCCGUCCCGAAGAGACCUUCUUCAGCCGACUGGACUCCAGCCUCAAAAAGAACACGGCCUUUGUCAAGAAGCUCCGCACCCUCACCGAACAGCAGCGUGAUUCUCUCUCCAACGAUUUUGCCUCCCUGAACUUGAGCAAAUACAUCGGCGAGGCGGUGAGCUCCGUGGUGGAGGCCAAGCUGAAGAUCUCAGACGUGGGCUGCGCCGUACACCUGUGCUCUCUCUUCCAUCAGAGGUAUGCCGAGUUUGCUCCUCUGCUACUGCAGGCCUGGAAGAAGCACUUUGAGGCCAGGAAGGAAGACAAAGCACCCAAUGUGAGCAAGCUGCGCACAGACCUGCGCUUCCUGGCCGAGCUCACCAUCGUGGGAUUCUUCACCGACAAAGAGGGUCUGUCUCUCAUAUAUGAGCAGCUGAAGAACAUCAUCGGCAUCGACCGUGAGACACACACUCACGUGUCGGUGGUGAUCAGCUUCUGUAAGCACUGUGGGGACGACAUUGCCGGCCUGGUGCCUCGCAAGGUGAAGCUGGCUGCCGAGAAGUACAAGCUCACCUUUCCCCCCAGUGAGAUCAUAAGCACAGAGAAACAGCAGCCCUUCCAGAACCUUCUGCGGGAGUACUUCACAUCUCUCACCAAACACCUGAAGAAGGACCACAGGGAGCUGCAGAACAUUGAAAGGCAGAACAGGCGUAUCUUACAUUCCAAAGGGGAGCUGAGCGAGGACAGACACAAACAGUAUGAGGAGUUUGCCACCUCCUAUCAGAAGCUGCUGGCCAACACUCAGUCGCUGGCUGAUCUGCUGGAUGAAAACAUGCCAGAGUUGCCUCAGGACAAGACCGUGCAGGAAGAGCACGGCCCUGGCAUUGACAUUUUCACCCCCGGUAAGCCUGGAGAGUACGACCUGGAAGGUGGGAUCUGGGAGGACGAAGACGCUCGUAACUUCUAUGAGAACCUGGUGGACCUGAAGGCCUUUGUCCCCGCCAUCCUCUUCAAGGACAACGAGAAGGGCAGCCAGGCCAAAGACAAGGAUGAUGCUAAAGAUGGCAGAGAGGGCAAGGAGGGCGCGAGCACCACAGAGGAGUUGGAGCUGGAACUGGAGACUCUGGACAUCGCGGAUGAGCCUUUAGAACUAGAGGGAGCCGAUGAAGCAGAGAGUGAAGAACUAGCCAAAAAGCUGAUGGAUGAGCAGGAGCAAGAGGAUGAGGAGGCUAACACUGGAUCCCACUUGAAGCUGAUUGUGGAUGCCUUCAUCCAGCAGCUCCCUAACUGUGUGAACCGUGACCUCAUUGACAAGGCUGCCAUGGACUUCUGCAUGAACAUGAACACCAAGUCCAACCGGAGAAAGCUGGUGCGAGCGCUCUUCACUGUGCCCAGGCAGAGGUUGGAUCUUCUGCCUUUUUACUCCCGCCUGGUGGCCACUCUUCAUCCCUGCAUGUCGGACGUGGCCGAGGACCUCUGCUCCAUGCUGAAGGGAGACUUCCGCUUUCAUAUUCGCAAGAAGGACCAGAUCAACAUUGAGACCAAAAAUAAAACGGUCAGGUUCAUUGGGGAGCUGGCCAAGUUCAAGAUGUUCUCAAAGACAGACACGCUUCAUUGUCUCAAGAUGCUGCUGUCUGAUUUCACACACCACCACGUGGAGAUGGCCUGCACCCUACUGGAGACCUGCGGCCGCUUCCUCUUUCGAUCCCCUGACUCUCACCUGCGUACCAGCGUCCUCCUGGAGCAAAUGAUGCGUAAAAAGCAGGCACAGCAUCUGGACGCCCGAUAUGUGACCAUGGUGGAGAAUGCUUACUACUACUGCAACCCCCCACCCAUUGAGAAGACGGUGAAGAAGAGGAGGCCACCGCUGCAGGAGUACAUCCGCAAGCUGCUCUACAAGGAUCUGUCCAAGGUCACCACAGAGAAGGUUCUCAGGCAGAUGCGCAAGCUGUCCUGGCAGGACCCAGAAGUUAAGAGCUACCUGAUCUGCUGUAUGGUCAACAUAUGGAACGUCAAGUACAACAGCAUCCACUGUGUGGCCAACCUGCUAGCGGGCCUGGUGGCCUACCAGGAGGACGUGGGCAUCCACGUGGUGGACGGGGUUCUGGAGGACAUCCGCUUGGGCAUGGAGGUCAACCAGCCCAAGUUCAACCAGCGCCGCAUCAGCAGCGCCAAGUUCCUGGGAGAGCUCUAUAACUACCGUAUGGUGGAGUCAGCAGUCAUCUUCCGCACCCUCUUCUCCUUCAUCUCCUUUGGUGUCAAUCAGGACGGCACCCCGAGCACGCUGGACCCCCCUGAGCACCUCUUUCGCCUCCGGCUGGUGUGCACACUGCUUGACACCUGUGGACAGUACUUUGACCGCGGCUCCAGCAAGCGGAAACUCGACUGUUUUCUUAUCUACUUCCAGCGCUACAUCUGGUGGAAGAAGAGCGUGGACACUUGGACCAAAGACCACCCCUUCCCCAUCGACAUCGACUACAUGAUCACCGACACUCUGGAGCUGCUGCGGCCCAAAAUGAGACUGAGCUGCUCCCUGGAGGAGGCCAGCAGGCAGGUGGCCGACUUGGAGAGGGAGGUGCUGGUCAAGCUAGGUCUGGCCAUGGAGAGGGACGGCCGCUCCAGCGCCAUGAGCGAAGGCGAGGGCCUGGAUGAGGAGGACGAUGAUGGCGAUGAAGACGAGGAGGGCGGUGCCGAGACGGAGGAGCAGUCGGGCAAUGAGAGUGAAAUGAACGAUGUGGAGGAUGACGAGGCAUCUGACAAUGAAGAGGAGGAGAGGGAUGAGGAAGAAGAGGAGAACACAGACUACCUGACUGACUCCAACAAAGAGAAUGAGACGGAUGAGGAGAACAAUGAGGUUACCAUCCGUGGUGGUGGACUGAAGCAUGUGGCUUGUGCUGAGGACGAGGACUUCAUCCAGGCCUUGGAUAAGAUGAUGCUGGAGAACCUGCAGCAGCGCAGCGGCGAGACGGUGAAGGUGCACCAGCUGGACGUGGCCAUUCCCCUGCAGUUGAAGAGCCAGCUGAAGAAGGGAGGCUCCAGCCAGCCGUGCAUCAGCGAGGGAGACAGCGAGCUCUCAGAAACCAUGCAGUUUGUCAUGCUCACACGCAAGGGAAACAAGCAGCAGGUAGAGUACAAGAUCCUGAACGUGCCGUUGUCGUCCCACCUGGCGGCCAACCACUUCAACCAGCAGCAGGCCGAACAGGAGGAGCGCAUGAGGAUGAAGAAGCUCACCCUGGACAUCAAUGAGCGUCAAGAGCAGGAGGACUACCAGGAGAUGUUGCAAUCCCUCGCUCAGCGUCCAGCGCAGGCUAACACCAACCGUGAGCGGCGGCCCCGCUACCAGCACCCAAAAGGUGCCCCCAAUGCUGACCUCAUCUUCAAGACAGGAGGAAGGAGACGCUGAUGAGUCCUGAGCUUAAGGAGCAACAGAGUGAAGGAGCGAGGAAGAAGAGGGAGAAGAUCAGAGGGAAACAUGUCUGGAUGGGGGGUCCUCCAGAUGCAGAGUUAAACCCCUGACCUGAACACACCCCUUCACCCUCCUAGGGGGCCUGAGGAGGACAGACCAAAGUGGCAGCCAGGGUCAGGGGUCAGACAGAUGGCACUCUUUCUUGUGGUCUGUUGCCUGAGAUGACAAACAAACUACUAAGACGACUUCACACAUGGCGGCUGGGGAGGGGAGAGAGACAGGAAGGCGACUGUGGUCAUUGCAUCACACAUAGGGACGGAGAAGAAGUAAGGACACGGGUGACACGACUUUUUCUUUGUUUUUGGGUCUUUUAAAAUCAACAUGAUGCUUUGACAGGUUCCUCCUGUUCCACUGUCAUGUGACCUGAUGCUAGCAAACACUGCUAAACUGUCUGAAAAGUAGUUGUACACAUUCAAUUGCACCAAUAAAGUAGAUAUAUAUUAUUGA